AUGAGCAACCCAGCUGGUCGCUCACUCUUCCGCCCCGUCCUCAUCGUUGUCGUCGUCCUACUCAUCCUCUUCUUCCACACCCACGGCUCUUCCCGAGACGCCAGCACCAUGUCCCAAGAACCCACCCACGACGCCGGAGCGCUAUCCAAGCUCACCGUCCGGAUCCGUCAAUCCUCGACCUCUCCUCCCACGCUGACCCUGUCCGUGACCAACGACCACACCUCCCCCCUCACCAUCCUCCGCUGGAACACGCCCCUCGACCCCGUGGCCCUCGCCGUCGGAGUCCUUUCCGUCACGCCGGAGGGCGAGGACACCCCGCUCGAGCUCGACCUCAUCGCGCUGAAGCGGCUCAUGCCGCCCCCCGAGGACGACAUCGUCACCCUCCACCCGGGCGAGAGCAGGGAGCAGGAGGUCGUCCUCCGCGAGCCCGCCCUGCCGUUCGACAAGCUUGGCAAGAAGCCACGGAUCGCGGCCAAGGGCAAGUGGCAGACGGUGUGGCCCACAACGGCGGACAAGCUCAGCAAGGAGACCAUAGAGAAGCUGCAGUUCGGCGAUGGCGUUCUCUCGGGCGACUUUGAGACGGAGGCGAUUGAAGUCACCCUCCCGUAA